AUGGAGAGACUUAACCAGGAGUUGAAACAAUAUCUUUGUAUAUUUAUUAAUGAUAGACAGACGGAUAGGGCCAAGUGGCUAAAGAUAGCCCAGUUCUCUUAUAAUAUCAAACAGUCGUCGGCUACAGGAAAGGCCCCAUUUGAGGUUACUAGAUUGUACCUCCCCAGAAUGGGUGUAGAACCUGGCAAAAGCAAGAACAACGCUGCUGGGAACAUGGCCAAAGACAUGAAGUCUGUCUUGGACGAAAUGUGCAAGGUGCUAUUCAAAACUGCAGAGCAGAUGAAAGACAGGGCAGAGCGUAGACGCUCUAAGGCCCCUGACUACAAGGUCGGUGACUGGUCUGGUUAG